AUGGAUUCCCUUGUAUCAUCAUCAUCAUCAUCAUCAUCGUCUUUUACACCUGAUUCACAUGGGCAAUUGCUGUUUUAUCUAUCAAAAUCUUCAAGUAUGAUAUCACUAAGUAUGUGGUUAUUUGCUCAGAUACCUCAAAUCAUUCUCAACUAUCAUCAGAAGCAAGUAUCAUUAUCAAUACCUUUCCUAUUCAUGGUCACUAUAUCUGAUUUCAUUAAUUUAGCCUAUCAAGUUGUUGUUAAAGAUAACGUAUAUUCAAUUCUUCUAAUAUACUCAAGCAUUCUUAAUUUAGUCAUUAUUUCACAAUAUUUUUACUACACAAAAUAUCCACCAAAACCUACGACUCCUCAAAUAGAACCCCCAACUUUAGUUAAUCGAAUAUUGGGUUCUGCAUUUAUGGCUAAUACUGUUCUGUCAAUGACAAUUAACUAUGAUCAAAAACAAGAGGUGAUUCAUCCCAAUCUACAGUUUACAUUACGAGAAACCUUAUCAUUAUCUAGUUCAACUUUGUACAUACUUCUGAGAAUUCCACAAAUUCAUAAAAACUACAAAAGAAAAUCUACAAGUGGUCUUUCAAUCUAUAUGAUUUUACUCGUGUUAUUUGGGAAUAUUUUCAAUGUUAUUUCAAUAUUUUCAGAUCCUUAUUUAUUUAAAAUUUAUUCUCACGAUACUUAUUUAAUUGGAAGUAUAGGUACAAUUAUCAUGGAUUUGUUUCUUGUUUGUCAAUUUUGGAUAUACAGAAAAGUCAACCGAGUUGAUAACCACGUUAGUGAGUUUAUAAACAUAGAUGAACAUCCUCAAUGGUAUGUAAAGAAUCAACCAUUGGUUCUUUAUCAACAAGAAAUUCAACAACAAAGUCCACAACGACAAGAUUAUAUCUCCAAGGGAUAUGAUAAUUCAUUGGUACCAAACCAACCAAGAGGUAGAAAAUUGGUUAAAUCUCCAGGUGAACUUACCAUGCUUUUAAGUGAAUCUGUAAAUCAAUUUACAACCCCACCACCUCAGCAUUAUAUCGUCAGUUCAAGUUUAAGAUAUCAACUAGCUUCUAGUGGAAGUGUUAACCCAGUACCUAAAACAAUUCCUAAAAGUCUCACUAGUAGUUCAGUUGGUUCUGCAACUAGUUUUAUUCCAAGUAUAAUAGGUAACAUCUCCAGUGUAAACAAGAAACUACUAGAUGGUUCAAAAGUACCAUUUCUGCCUAUUGACUUUUUAGCUGAUGAUUUCUACACAUCUCCUAGUAUGAAAGAAAGUAAUGCUAGUUCAGCAUCACAUGCAGCAUAUUAUGGAUCAGUAGAUGUAUAA